CGGGGCGCUGAGCCGGCUGCCGCAGCGGGGCUGUCGCUGGCGGGGCGGGCCGGGGCGGGCCAGACCUCCCCUCCCUGGCCUCGGUACCGGCGGCCCCGGCCUUGAAGGGGUUCUCGGUCUGGCAGAGCGCAAACUCUCUCCGUGCACCCCUGUGCGGAGGUGCCUGCCGAAAGCUAAGUAGAUGAGAUCAUUUCACACUCUUCUUUUGGAAGAGGUGGUCAGAGGAAAUGGAUAGCUAUUCAGACUUCACUUCACAAAACCUCUCAUCUUCAGCUAACAUGUCUCUUUCUUUGCCUGGACAACCUGAACUCAAUGCCACUGGUGGUCCUCCUUCUAUGUCAAUAAGCAGGCUUUUCCCAGCCCUCUUGGAAUGCUUUGGAAUAAUUCUUUGUGGCUACAUAGCUGGAAGAGCCAACAUUAUCACAUCAACUCAGGCCAAAGGACUGGGAAAUUUUGUGUCCCGUUUUGCACUCCCGGCUUUACUGUUCAAAAACAUGGUGGUACUUAAUUUUUCUAAUGUGAAUUGGUCCUUCCUGUACAGUGUUUUAGUUGCCAAAGCUGCUGUGUUUUUUUUAGUCUGUGUUUUAACAUUGUUAGUAGCCAGUCCCGAGAACCGAUUUAGCAAAGCAGGUUUGUUCCCUAUUUUUGCUACACAAAGCAAUGACUUUGCACUGGGAUAUCCAAUAGUUGAAGCUUUAUAUCAAACCACUUACCCAGAGUAUCUCCAGUACAUUUACCUAGUGGCUCCAAUAUCUCUUAUGAUGCUAAACCCCGUGGGGUUUAUCUUCUGUGAAAUCCAGAAGUGGAGGAAUAAUCGCACUGUGUCACAGAGCAAAAUCAAAAUAGUGGGCCUAGCACUCCUUCGAGUUUUGCAGAACCCAAUUGUAUUCAUGGUCUUCAUAGGAAUUGCCUCAAACUUUAUUCUUGGUCAGAAAAUUCCUGAAUACCUUGAAAACUUCCUUGAUGGACUAGGAAGUUCAUUUUCUGGCUCUGCACUUUUUUAUCUUGGACUGACUAUGGUGGGACAAACAAAAAAACUGACAAAGGGUAUGUUUGUUGCACUGAUCCUUCUCAUCACAGCUAAACUGCUCAUGAUGCCAUUUCUCUGCAGAGAGAUGGUGGAGCUCUUGGACAAGAGUGACAGCGUGGUCAAUCACACCAGUUUGUCAAACUAUGCAUUUCUUUAUGGAGUUUUUCCAGCAGCACCUGGUGUCGCAAUAUUUGCAAGUCAAUUUAAUAUGGAAGUAGGAAUUAUUACCUCAGGCAUGGUGAUAAGCACGUUUGUGUCUGCCCCCAUAAUGUAUGUUUCUGCAUGGCUGCUGACCAUCCCAUCCAUGGACCCCAACCCCCUGGCAGCUGCUCUCCAGAACGUCAGCUUUGACAUCAGCAUCGUCAGCCUCCUCUCUCUGACCUGGUCUCUUACUGUUGUUGUGCUGAGUAAGAAAUUCAAACAGCUUCCUCAUAUGAUUACAACAAAUCUGCUUGUUGCUCAGUUUGUUGCUUGCAUUGGAAUGGUGGCAUGGAAUUUCACUGUUAAAGAGAAUGACAUCACCAUACAGAUCCUUGUAUUUAUAUUCCUCUACAGCUCACUUUAUAGUACCUACCUAUGGACAGGUUUUCUAUCUUUUUCUUUGUUUCUGUUGAAGAAGAGAGAAACAGUAAAGAUUCCCAUUGGGUUCAUCAUCAUAGCUGGAUGGGGAGUCCCAACAGUUCUGGUAGGAAUCUUACUAAUUGUUGGUGAACGUAACAACACUAGUAUUGACUCUGCCUUUUUUUAUGGAAAACAUCAGAUAAUUACCACAGCAGUGAUACUGUUCAUCAGUAUACUGAUGUCAGGUAUCUCACUGAUGUGCAUGAACAGAAGUAGGCAAGGGUCCAGCUAUGGGGUGUUGAACCCAUACUCACCACGUGGCUCAGUGGAGGAGGUGGAAGUGGAAGGGAGUGAGCAGAAUCACAUUUCACCCACUGUGACUCAGUCAUCUCCAGAAUCUUCUGCACAGUCAUCUCCAGAAUCUUCUGCACAAUCUUCUCCAGAAUCUUCUGCACAGACAUCUGCAGAAAGAGGUUGCUGUUCUUGUCAAACAACAAAUGGUGAAUUAUCCUGUGCUAAAGACAGCGAAGCAGUGUCAAAUGCUGUUGAGAGCAAGGUUCCUCCAAUUGAGACAGUGGAUCAGUGUGUGAGUCACUGCAGUGCUCAAACGUGUGUGUUGGCUCAGGAAGAGCAGCUUCUACAGACUGGAGACAAACAGCUGGCCAGACAUGUGCUGCUGUGCUUACUUCUUGUUGUUGGCCUAUUUGCUAAUCUCUCCAGUUGCUUGUGGUGGCUGUUCAACCAAGAGCCUGGAAGGCUCUAUGUGGAACUGCAGUUCUUCUGUGCUGUGUUUAAUUUUGGUCAGGGCUUCAUUUGCUUUGGUAUUUUUGGCUUAGAUAAGCAUUUAAUCAUUCUCCCAUUCAAGCGAAGACUUGAGUUUUUCUGGGGUGGAAGAGAAUCAGCAGGGCAUACAGAUGCCUCUGUACCUGAGGAAAUCAGGAUGACCUGUCAACAGUUUGUUCGUUAUCACAGAGAUCACUGUGUCAAGAGUAUUGUCAAAGGCAGGAGGUGUGGUGCAAAGAUCUCCACCGGCAUCUUCUUUGGCUGUGACCUGGUGAACUGGCUGAUGCAAGUUGGCCUUGCCUCUGACCGUGGCGAAGCUGUGGUGUAUGGGGACAGGCUGCUGAAAGGAGGCGUCGUCCAGCACAUAACCAAUGAGUUUGAGUUUCGGGAUGAGUACUUGUAUUACCGCUUCAUUCCGAAGAAAUCCGUUGCAGUUGAGAGCCACGACCUGAGCAUGCAGGCAAAGGACAGGUAGUUGGGGAUGAAAUCCCAAGGAAAAGGUGCUGAAAUAUUCUAUACUCUGUUGGCCAUCACUUGAACUGUCUCCACACAUUAUGUUGUUUUUACUUUGUAUACUGUAGACCAGUAAGGAAAAAGCAACACAGAAAUGAGAGGCACACUUGGACUGUAACUGCCUACCUUAUGACUGGACCAAUGUGCUUAACCUCCUUAAUUGCCACCCCAUGAUUAAGUAGCCAAGAAGUUCACUUAAAAGCCUGCUCCAGCUUCACUACUGUUCUUCCUGUACAACUUCAAUCUUUGCACUGUAGCAUAAAACAAUGUCACUUGGUUUGCUAUGCUGCCUGAAAACUUGAUUCGUGCUUUGGUUGCCAGCACAGUUUCACCUGGCAUUUACCAAUGCUUUGAAGAUAUCAGAGAGUCAGUGUGGAACAGCUCAUGAUCAAAAACAGGAAAAGAUACAUAACUGUUAGAUAUGGCUAUCCCACAAGGAAAACAGAUACAUAAAGCAAAUUUUUAUUAAAUGUCUUCCAGUUAACAAACUGGACUAUUGAACUUCUGUACUGAACCACUGUGCUACUGAACUUCUAAGAAAUUCUGUUGUCAACAGAGGCACAAAAUGUUCAGUCAAUUCAAACAUACUUUGUCUUACCUCCCACUCAGUCUUGCUUGCUGCUGCCUAGUGAUACACAUUAGGUCACUACAAACAGAAAGUUCAAAAAGCCUUUCCUAACUCAGUAGUUUAUUGCUGUGAAUCUGGACAUAGCAUCCUAAAUUAAUUUCUACUCUUACUGUAGGAUCAGAAAAAAUACAUUUUACCAAGCUCUUAAUUUUUGUAUUAAUUCUGCAAAUUUCAUUGACCAUCUGUUCUUUAUAUUUAAUUUUUUUUACCAGUGGGGUAUUGAAGUUUAUAGAAUGAUAAAACUUCAUGUGAAAAAUAAUCAAAGAAUUAUCUUUUUGUGGUUUGCUGCGUCUGUGGGGAUGCAUGUCAUGUCCCACAUUGCUGCUGCAGCUCUAGUGCACCAUUUCAUAUUUUAUUCUGAAGGUUUGCACAAGUGCUGCAUUUUGAGUGGGUUUUUGUUUUUCUUUAGAGUCAUGCUUAUUAUCCCAACUUAUUGAUAUGAGGUAAAAUCAGAAUCUUCUUUGUUGUUUGUUUAGUUUGGCCCUUGCCACAGUUAAUAAAAGUGGUGUCAUAUAUUGAUCAUUACUUUUAAACAGGAUCAGGAAGGAAGCGUUCCUGGCAGGGCAAAAAGCUUGAUUAAAUGAAGUCCAUAGUCUAUUAGCUCUGGCAAAACAAGUCAUUAAUUUAUUUCAUUUAUGUCAAAUGAAAAAAAUUAAAAGUACUUUUAAGUGUC